AACCGGCUGGGGAUGCUUCUGCUAUGACGUUUGAGUGGGCGAGACCUGACUUGAAUCCCAGAUUUGUCCAUGUGUGGCACGAACGUCAAGACCUUUACUUGAACCAGCAUCCGUCCUACAAAGGACGAACAUCGGUGUCCGUCAACCAACUGAAGCACGGAGACGUUUCGCUGACUCUCCACAAAGUAAAACUCUCUGAUGAGGGAACAUACAGAUGUUACUUUCCAGAUUCGGAUAAAGACUCGACUGUGCAGCUUGUUGUUGGGGUUUCUUCAUCGCCCUUCGUCAGUCUAUCAGGAAUCGACAGAUCCUCCAGUGGAGUGGUGUUAGACUGUGAGUCCAGAGGCUGGUAUCCAGAGCCGGAGGUGUUGUGGCUGGACGCUGAGGGAAACCUCCUCUCUGCUGGACCUACAGAGACAGUCAGAGGUCCUGAUGACCUCUAUACUGUCAGCAGCAGAGUGACUGUGGAGAAGAGACACAGCAACAGCUUCACCUGUAGAGUCCAACAGAAGAACACCAACCAGACCAGAGAGACACACAUCACUGUUCCAGAUGAUUUCUUCGUGGCUCCGUGUAGUUCUGUUGUUUGCAUCAGUUUGGUCGUUUCCUUCACGUGUGUUCUUGCUGUUGUCUUUGCUGUAUGGAGAUGGAGGCGAAACAAAAACAAAACCAUGAUGGCUGACCAAAGAGAACGACAGCAGCUCAUGGCAGAGAGUGAGAAGAGGAAGGAGAAGCAAAUGGCAGAAAUUAAAUUACAGAGGAAAGAGAAAGAACAUGGAGAUAUGGUGGGUGCACUGAUGAAACAGGAGGAGGAAUUGAAGAAGCAGAGAGAUCGACUGAAAGAGCAACAGGAGACGAUGGAGAAACUGGUGGGGGACAAUGAGAUGAAGCUUGAGUCAGUGGAGAAAGAUUUUACAGAGAAAGAUGAAGAUAAAAAAAUCUUCAGUUCACCAGGAUGCAUGAAGCUGAAAGAAAUAAUCUCUGUUUACAAAUGGUGCCUGACUGACAGAAAGAGGGAACUUGACCAACUAGAGCUGGAUACAGAGAGACUGUUGUUGAUGACAAAGAGUAGGAGUAUUUCUACCACCAACGUGGGUAGAACCACUAACAAAACAACCCAGAGCAGGGACAGGAGAGUGGGGGAGUGGGGAGGACCAGUCUCCUCUUCUGCUGCUGGAAAGAGAGAUAUUAAACAUGUUUAUAUCAUCCGUCUAGAACCUGGAGAGAAACACAACAUCCAAACACAUCAAAGCAUGAAUCACCUUCACUCAGAAUCACGUCGCCUCCCUCCACCACUGGACGGGCAGGAACCUCCAGGAUCACAGAACCAGCUGAACAGUGACAUGAAAUUUCCACCAGAUCCCGUCAUAGCGAUGGUUGGUGAAGACGUCGUUCUGCCAUGUCAGCUGGAACCCCCCGCGGAUGCUUUUUCCAUGACAAUGGAGUGGGGGAGACCUGACUUGGACCCCAGAUUUGUCCAUGUGUGGCAUGAUGGACAGGAACUGCUGUCUGACAAGAACGACGCCUACAAGGGGAGAACAUCACUGUCCAUCAGCAAACUGAAGCGAGGAGACAUUUCCCUGAAACUGUCCACAGUGAAGAUCUCUGAUAACGGGAUGUACAAAUGCUACAUCCCAAAACUGAGUAAAGAAUAUUUUGUUGAGCUUCUUGUUGGUGCUGCCUCCUCACCUGCUAUCAGCUUAGCAGGCCUCCACAAGGCCAGCAGUGGAGUGGUGUUAGACUGUGAGUCCAGAGGCUGGUAUCCAGAGCCGGAGGUGUUGUGGCUGGACGCUGAGGGAAACCUCCUCUCUGCUGGACCUACAGAGACAGUCAGAGGUCCUGAUGACCUCUAUACUGUCAGCAGCAGAGUGACUGUGGAGAAGAGACACAGCAACAGCUUCACCUGUAGAGUCCAACAGAAGAACACCAACCAGACCAGAGAGACACACAUCACUGUUCCAGAGGAUUUCUUCGUGUCUCCAUCUAGUUGUACUCCUUGCAUUGCCGUUAGCGUGGUGUUUGGCUUCAUAAUUGUCCUCGCUGUUGUCCUUUUGGUCUGGAAAUGGAGACAAAACAAAACUGACCUGAAGAAGGAACUGGAGGAACAGAGAGAGAAACUCAUCAUCCAACAGAAGGAGGCAGAUAAACUGGUGGAGGAGAAUAUGAAGAAGGUUGAUUCAGUGGAGAGAGAUGAAGCAGAGAAGGAGGGAGAUAAAACAGCCAACAAAGGUCAGGGAUUCUUCAAACUAAAAGAUAUUAUAACAGAGACCUUCUGGAACCUGGAGGAGAAGAAGAAAGAACUACAACUAAUGGAUAUGAACUUAGAUAAACUAUUGAAGAAAUUAAUAGAUAAGAUUAAUGAACUAAAAGAGAAGAAGAAGAAUGUAGAGGACCACAUGGAGCAAAUGAAGAAAGAACAGGAGGAGAUUCAGAGGAAACCUCAGUCAUAG